GCCCGUGGCUCAGGAAAACCCUGGGAGCCGCCCGAGUCCAAGCGCUUUCCGGAAACCCCCUCUCCAGGCGAGUUGCGGGAAAGCAGCCGCGCCGCAGCCCCGCGACCGACACGCCUCCCCAGAGGAGGGUCGGAGACCCCAGCGCGGGGAGAGCGGGCCGGGCGGGGAAAGCCCGGGGCUCGCGGGAGAGACCGGGAAACCCCGCCCCCCACCUCCAGCCCUCACCUCGGGGGCGCUCUCGGCCCUCGGUCGGCCGAAGCCCUUGGGCGCACGGGACCGAGGACGCCUUCCACGCCAGCCCAGAAGGUCUGGCGGGGUUCCGCCCCGCGCCCCCCGCCGGGCCCGCCCCCCGCCCCCCUGUCUGUCUGGGCCGGGGCGCCGCUGCCCCUUUAAGAAGCCCAGGUAGGCAGGCCGGCCUGCAGGAGCCGCUCCUAUGGCAACCCGCGAGCUGCGGCGGCUUCAUGAAUAUUCCGGGGCGCGGGAGCCCGAGCGCUGCCGGAGGGCGCUCCGGGAGAGGCGGCCGCUGAUGUAAGCCCGGCGGGCCGCUGGACUCCGCUCGGCUGCGGCGGGAGUCCCCAGGACCCGGCCGGCCGGGCGCGGCCGGAGGAGGCGAAGAGGACCGCGGGCGGCCAGCUGCGGAGCCCGGGCGGCCGCCCGCGCCGCCAGCCCCAGCCGCCCGCCGGACGCGCUCCGGGAGCCGCGCGGGUCGUGCGCUCCGAGCUCGCGAGCGGCUCCGCGAGCGCCGCGGCCGCAGCGCCGCCGCUGCCCGCGCCCAUUGUUCCCCGCGGGGGCGGGGCGCCUGGAGCCGGGCCGCGCGCCGCGCCCCUGCUCGCGGGAGGAAGGAGGGAGGGAGGGAGGGAGCGCGGGGUCCCCGCGCCCCAGCCGGGCCCGGGAGGCGGCGCAGCGCGGCGGACCCGGGGAGCGGCGGCCGCACCGGCAGCGCGAUCAUGGGCUCGUGAGGCGGCCGCGCGCCGGCAGCGGAGGACGCGUCCCCGGCGGCGGGCGCACCUGGAGCGGGUCCCCUGCGCCGCACCCGCACUGCUGCCCCCGGCCCAGCCCCCGGCACCAUGGACAAGCUGCCGCCGUCCAUGCGCAAGCGGCUCUACAGCCUCCCGCAGCAGGUGGGGGCCAAGGCGUGGAUCAUGGACGAGGAAGAGGACGGUGAGGAGGAGGGGGCCGGGGGCCGCCAGGACCCGAGCCGAAGGAGCAUCAGGCUGCGGCCGCUGCCCUCGCCCUCGCCCUCGGUGGCCGCCGGCUGCGCGGACUCGCGGGGCGCGGCCCUCGGGGCGGCGGACGGCGAGGGGCCGGGCCGCAGCGCCGGCAAGUCCAGCACCAACGGGGACUGCAGGCGCUUCCGAGGGAGCCUGGCCUCGCUGGGCAGCCGGGGCGGGGGCGGCGGCGGGGCGGGGGGCGGCGGCGGCCACGGGCACCUGCACGACUCCGCGGAGGAGCGGCGGCUCAUCGCCGCCGAGGGCGAUGCGUCCCCCGGCGAGGACAGGACACCCCCGGGCCUGGCGGCCGAGCCCGAGCGCCCGGGCGCCGCGGCACAACCCGCAGCCUCGCCGCCGCCCCAGCAGCCGCCGCAGCCGGCCUCCGCCUCCUGCGAGCAGCCCGCGGCGGACACCGCUAUCAAAGUGGAGGGAGGCGCGGCCGCCGGCGACCAGAUCCUGCCCGAGGCCGAGGUGCGCCUGGGCCAGACCGGCUUCAUGCAGCGCCAGUUCGGUGCCAUGCUGCAACCCGGGGUCAACAAAUUCUCCCUGAGGAUGUUCGGCAGCCAGAAAGCGGUGGAGCGCGAGCAGGAGAGGGUUAAGUCGGCGGGGUUUUGGAUUAUCCACCCUUACAGCGACUUCAGAUUUUACUGGGACCUGACGAUGCUGUUGCUGAUGGUGGGGAAUCUGAUCAUCAUUCCUGUGGGCAUCACCUUCUUCAAGGAUGAGAACACCACACCCUGGAUUGUCUUCAACGUCGUGUCGGACACUUUCUUCCUCAUUGACUUGGUCCUCAACUUCCGCACGGGGAUUGUGGUGGAGGACAACACAGAAAUCAUCCUCGACCCACAGCGGAUUAAGAUGAAGUACCUGAAAAGCUGGUUUGUGGUGGAUUUCAUCUCCUCCAUCCCCGUCGACUACAUCUUCCUUAUCGUGGAGACGCGCAUCGACUCAGAGGUCUACAAGACUGCCAGGGCGCUGCGCAUUGUCCGGUUCACCAAGAUCCUCAGCCUCCUGCGGCUCCUGCGGCUUUCCCGUCUCAUUCGCUACAUCCAUCAGUGGGAAGAGAUCUUCCACAUGACCUACGACCUGGCCAGCGCUGUGGUGCGCAUCGUGAACCUCAUCGGCAUGAUGCUCCUGCUGUGCCACUGGGAUGGCUGCCUGCAGUUCCUGGUGCCCAUGCUGCAGGACUUCCCCCAUGACUGCUGGGUGUCCAUGAAUGGCAUGGUGAAUAACUCGUGGGGGAAGCAGUAUUCCUACGCCCUCUUCAAGGCCAUGAGCCACAUGCUGUGCAUCGGGUAUGGGCGGCAGGCACCCCUCGGCAUGUCCGACGUCUGGCUCACCAUGCUCAGCAUGAUCGUGGGUGCCACCUGCUAUGCCAUGUUCAUCGGCCAUGCCACCGCCCUCAUCCAAUCCCUGGACUCCUCCCGACGCCAGUACCAGGAGAAGUAUAAGCAGGUGGAGCAGUACAUGUCCUUCCACAAGCUCCCGCCUGACACCCGGCAGCGCAUCCAUGACUACUAUGAACACCGCUACCAGGGGAAGAUGUUCGAUGAGGAAAGCAUCCUGGGGGAGCUGAGUGAGCCGUUGCGAGAGGAGAUAAUCAACUUUAACUGCCGAAAGCUGGUGGCCUCCAUGCCACUGUUUGCCAACGCAGACCCCAACUUUGUGACGUCCAUGCUGACCAAGUUGCGGUUCGAGGUCUUCCAGCCCGGGGAUUACAUCGUCCGCGAGGGGACCGUCGGCAGGAAGAUGUACUUCAUCCAGCACGGGGUGGUGAGCGUGCUCGCCAAGGGCAACAAGGAGACCAAGCUGGCUGACGGCUCCUAUUUUGGAGAGAUCUGCUUGCUGACCCGGGGCCGGCGCACAGCUAGCGUGAGGGCAGAUACCUACUGCCGCCUCUACUCGCUGAGCGUGGACAACUUCAAUGAGGUGCUGGAGGAGUAUCCCAUGAUGCGGAGGGCCUUCGAGACUGUUGCGCUGGACCGCCUGGACCGGAUAGGCAAGAAGAACUCCAUCCUCCUCCACAAGGUGCAGCACGACCUCAACUCAGGCGUCUUCAACUACCAGGAGAAUGAGAUCAUCCAGCAGAUCGUCAGGCAUGACCGUGAGAUGGCCCACUGCGCGCACCGCGUCCAGGCUGCUGCCUCGGCCACCCCAACCCCCACGCCUGUCAUAUGGACCCCGCUGAUCCAGGCACCUCUCCAGGCUGCUGCUGCUACGACAUCAGUGGCCAUAGCUCUCACACACCACCCUCGCCUGCCCGCCGCCAUCUUCCGGCCCCCUCCAGGACCUGGGCUGGGCAACCUCGGGGCUGGACAGACACCAAGGCACCCAAGGAGGCUGCAGUCGUUGAUCCCUUCGGCGCUGGGCUCUGCUUCACCAGCCAGCAGCCCGUCACAGGUGGACACGCCAUCUUCCUCCUCCUUCCACAUCCAGCAGCUGGCUGGAUUCUCUGCGCCUCCUGGACUGAGCCCUCUCUUGCCCUCCUGUAGCUCUCCCCCGCCUCCAGGAGCCUGCGGUUCCCCACCAGCGCCGCCGUCCACCUCCGCAGCUGUUGCCACCACAGCUGGGUUCAGCCACUUUCACAAAGCGCUAGGUGGCUCCCUGUCAUCCUCCGACUCCCCGCUGCUCACCCCACUGCAACCAGGCGCUCGCUCCCCACAGGCUGCCCAGCCUCCACCCCCAGUGCCGGGGGCCCGCGGAAGCCUGGGACUCCUGGAGCACUUCUUGCCGCCCCCGCCCUCCUCUAGGUCACCAUCAUCCAGCCCUGGGCAGCUGGGCCAGCCUCCUGGAGAGUUGUCUCCAGGCCUGGCAGCUGGUCCACCAAGUACACCAGAGACCCCCUCACGGCCUGAACAGCCGUCCUUCAUGGCAGGGGCCUCUGGGGGUGCUUCUCCUGUAGCCUUUACCCCCCGAGGGGGCCUUAGCCCUCCAGGCCACAGCCCCGGCCCCCCAAGAACUUUCCCGAGUGCCCCACCCCGGGCCUCUGGCUCCCAUGGUUCCUUGCUCCUGCCUCCUGCAUCCAGCCCUCCGCCUCCCCAGGUUCCACAGCGCAGGGGCACGCCACCCCUCACCCCUGGCCGCCUCACACAGGACCUGAAGCUCAUCUCAGCCUCUCAGCCAGCCCUCCCCCAGGAUGGGGCACAGACUCUCCGCAGGGCCUCACCUCACUCUUCAGGGGAGUCGGUGGCCGCCUUCCCACUCUACCCCAGGGCUGGGGGUGGCAGUGGGAGCAGUGGGGGCCUUGGGCCUCCUGGGAGGCCGUAUGGUGCCCUCCCAGGCCAGCAUGUCACUUUGCCUCGGAAGACAUCCUCAGGUUCUUUGCCACCCCCACUUUCUUUGUUUGGGGCAAGAGCCGCCUCUUCUGGAGGGCCCCCUCUGACUGCUGCACCCCAGAGGGAACCUGGGGCUAGGUCUGAGCCAGUGCGCUCCAAACUGCCGUCUAAUCUAUGAGCUGGGCCCUCCCUCCCUCUUUUUUUUUCUCACUCUUUUCUUCCUUCAGGUUUAACUGUGAUUAGGAGAUAUACCAAUAACAAUAAUAACCAUUAAACAAAAAACAUACCCCAGAAAAACAAAAGACGGCAGCAAAUAACCAGGUAUUCUUAGAGCUAUAGAUUUUUGGUCACUUGCUUUUAUAGACUAUUUUAAUACUCAGCACUAGAGGGAGGGAGGGAGGGGGGAGGGGGAAGGGAGGGAGGGAGGGAAGAAGGGAGGGAGGGAGAGAAGCAGGCAAGGCCCAAAGGCAACAGCCAAAGGAAGGCAGACAGGGACUGGGGGCAGAGCAGGGGUGGGGUGACCCAUGUCGGGGGUCCUAGCACAGACCUGUCAUUCUAUUGUUCUUUAGAGCAAGAGCUACCUACCAUCAGUUCCUUGGCUGUGAACUUGGAGCCCACUCUGUUGAGGGCUGCCCUGGGGUGUGUUCCCAGGAGUCUCAGGCGCCUGAGUCCUUGGGACACACCGGGCCUUGAGAGCCUUGCAUCUUUUUCUACUGUAAACGUAGCAAGAUAUGUAUAUGAAUAUGUAUAUGUAUGUAAGAUGUGUCUAUGUAUAGCUAUGUAGUGCUCUGUAGAGCCGUGUAGAUAUCAGCUCCCAUGUGCGCACAUGCGUGUGCUGUCUAGUUUAAUCCCAUGUUGCCAGGACACCCAGGUCACCUUACAUGCAGGAAUCUGCUGUGGCCCGCGGGCUGGGCACUGCAGGCUCGGGGACACUCUCUCCCAGUCCUCAGGGAAGGAGACCCCUGGAACCUUGCAACAGACCAUCUUCCCCAUCUCUGGGCUGUAACCCAGCUCUAGCCCGCCCUCCAGUCCCGUGGAGGGGAAGACUCCAGGCUGAGCCUUCCACCUCCCAGGGCUUCAAGCACACCCGACACCUCCAUGGCCUCAGUUUCUCCAGCUGUGCAAUGGGAGUUGGGGGGAACCUCUCCUCAUUGAGUGUCGUGUGCCAGGCACUGGUUACACAUACCUACAGACUGGGAGGUGGGGACUUUGGUUUUUCCCAUUUCACAGGCGAGGAAACUGAGGGCUGGGUCGCUUUUCCAGAAUCACAUAAUCAGGAGUGGAAGAGCUGGUCUGGUCUGAGCUGCAGACCAGCACCUCCCCAAGGCGAAGGCCUGUGCUGCUCCCCUCAGAAAGCAGUGUGCUGUAGAGCACCAGCUUGUGGUCCCUGGGCAGAGCGCAGAAGGAAGCGAUGGAGGUUGGUGGCAGUCAGGCUUUUAUUCAGAUCCCGGCUCUGCUGUUUCUUAGCUGUGCGGCCUUGGGCAACCUAUUUGACCUUUCCAUGCCCUCGUUAGUAAAAUAAGAACAACUGGAACUGCCUCGCGAUGACCAGUGAGGACCAGAUAAGAAAAAGACGUGACAUGCCCAGCCCCGUGCCUGGCGCACGGCAUAGUAGGUGCUCAAUAAACCAUGUCUCUUCGCCCUUCUCGUAAACUUAGCCCACUGCGCCAGUGAACUAUGGCGGGAGCCCUGGGAACUUUAGUCGAGGGCGCCAAGACUUAAAAUCUCAGGACUCAGGAGGUGGCCGGGCCUGUCACGGCCCAAGGGAAGUGCAUGGCCCGUGGUGGGCUCGAGCCAGGCCUUGAGAUAGGGGAAGAGUGGGAGAGUGCGUGGAGGAGUGAGGGAGGAUGGAGUGAUAGGGGAGUUACUGCAGUGAUGUGGAGUUGGGGAACUGGGUUACCGGGGGAGAUGCACAGGCCAGGGACAGGGAGGACCUUGGAUGACAGGCGAGGUUGGUGUGUGGGUUUGGCUCUGAAGGCAGCGAGCAGCCAGAAGCAGAGUCCAGAGAUAGGAAAGCAUCCCUAAUGCCUCCCGAGGCUGGGUCAGCUUCUCCAGCAGGGCCCUGGGAGACGCACAGCCAGAGCCCUCCCUAUCUACGGUCUAAGCAGGCAGGAUGCCCACGUAGUGAGGAGAGCUGGUUCUACCGUGUCCAUGGUCUCUAGUGACCAGCCAGAAUGGUGGCAUGAGCAGGUUUGGCCCUGAGCUGCCCUGGGAUGCCCCAGGGAGCCCGUCUGUGGGAGCCUGCAGGGAGUGGGAUGUGAUGAUUCAGGAGAGAAGAGGCGAAGGCCCCGGGACCCUGGAAAACGGUGGGAGCCAGAGAAGCAUCUCCAGACCCAGACAGUCCUCAGACUUGGGUUCUAUACCCUGCCCCAAGGACGGCAGCUCAGUGCUAGCAGGACUCCACCAAACCUGCAGCCCAUCCUAAAGGCGCAGGACAUGAGAUGGAGGCCUGCGGUACAAGGAGGGGAGAGUCCCCUUGUCAUCAGGCCUGGCCUGGUCGCUCUUCUCUGCUGAUCCAUGCAUUUUAUAAACGCUCUGACAAACUGGCAAACUCUUUGGUGACUAUGGAGAGGCCAGGUCCAGUCAGUAGGACCUUCACCCCCCAACCUCUACAAGCAAUUUUCAAAUCUUCCACUUUUAAAACAGAAAACGGUUGAAUACACCGUCUUGUAUAUUUUAUUUAAAUAAAAAAAAAUUCCAGCAAAUGCCGCCUUGUUUUGGGAU